AUGAUUGGUGAUACGGCAUGGAGUUCAUGGCUCACUCUGGCCAUUUUAUCGGCCAUACCAUUUAUCUAUAUGUAUUUGAAUCGACACUAUAAUUACUGGACCAAAAGGGGUUUGAAUGGACCGAAACCCUACCCAUUAGUGGGCAACAGUUUGUCCACACUUUUCAAACCUUUGCCUUCUGUGGAAUUGGAGUGGUUUAAGAAAUACGGCCGACUCUACGGGAAUGCCAGCGCCUUGAGAAGCGGCUGGCUUCCCAAUCUGUUGAGUCGCGGCGAAGACUGGAAGCGCUUGCGAUCUAUAAUGAGUCCCACUUUCACGUCGGGAAAGAUGAAGAAAAUGUAUCCAAUGGGAAUGUCUGAAGGAAUUUUAGACAAGAAUUUAUUCAACAGUCGCGGCGAAGACUGGAAGCGCUUGCGAUCUAUAAUGAGUCCCACUUUCACGUCGGGAAAGAUGAAGAAAAUGUAUCCAAUGGUAAGGGAAUGUCUGAAGGAAUUCCUCGACCACUUGGAAGUGUACGCCAAAGACAAGAAAGACAUAAACCUAAAGGAAAUGCACGGCAACUAUACGAUGGAUGUGAUCGCCACGUGUGCCUUCGCUACCAAAACCAAUUCACACAAAGACCCCAACAAUCCCUUCACGACAAACGCCAAGAAGAUCUUCGCCUUUCCUUUGCAUAGAUUUCUUCUUUUUGUUUUUAUGCCAAAAGUUUUGCGAAAGUUUUUUGGAUUCAAUUUUAUUAGUGAGGAAAGUGUUAAUGAAUUCUUCUUUGAUAUAACAAAACAACGAAUAGACGAAAGAAGAGCUAAACAAACCUCUAAUAAGUCUUAUAAUGAUUUCAUACAACUUCUUGUGGACGCGAAUAACAAUAAGGAAGAGAUUCACGACAACGACAAUGAUAUCGACGAAUCACAUCACGUGAAUGAAGGAGAGGAAGAGAGGGCUGUGGCGAAGAAGACAUUAUCGGUAAACAUAGGGAACAAACAGAUGAGUGAAGACGAGAUGAAAGCUCAGGGAUGGAUAUUCUUCAUCGCAGGUUAUGAGACAACGGCAACCACUUUGACGUUCUGUUCGUACGAAUUGGCACUCAAUCCACACAUUCAGCAAAGACUCUACGAAGAGAUCGAGUCAGCCGUCGACUCCAACGGAGAGAUAAGUUAUGAAGUGUUGGCAAAACUCCCACUUCUGGACGCAAUCCUCUCCGAAACCCUACGCCUGUAUCCACCGGUUCCUCGACUUGAUAGGGAAGCGCAGACCGAAUAUAAAGUGGGCGACACUGGCCUACAGUUAUAUGCGGGACAAACCGUUGAGAUUCCGGUCUAUGCUAUCCAUCAUUCGGAAGAGUUCUACCCGAAUGCUCACAAAUUUGACCCUGAUCGAUUUAUGCCUGAAAACAGACACAAAAUCAUUCCCUAUACAUACUUACCCUUCGGCGCCGGUCCUCGUAAUUGCAUUGGUAUGCGGUUUGCGUUAAUGGAGGCUAAGUUAGGGUUGGCUCAGAUCGUACGCCGGUAUCGCUUCUUCCGAUCGUCACAAACGGCAGUUCCCCUCCAAUUCAGACCAAUCAGUCGUCUAUUAGCCGCCAAAGAAGUUGUGGUCGGAAUUGAAAAGAGAUAA